GGGUCUACAUAUAUCCACCCACCAUUACCAAAUACAAAUAUUUCUUGAGAGCUCCACUUUUCAAAACCAAAAUUAUUCUCCUUCUUCUUCAUCAAUCAACUUUUCUUGGACGAAGGCAUCGUCGCGACAAAGGUGGCUGGUUUUUCAUGAAGUGAACAACAACAGCCAACUAAGUUACACUGUGUAAUGCUAAAACCAAUUGUCCGCCAUGGAAGCUCUAAAAGCUUCAUCUUUUCCAUCACUUCACCGCCAGCCCAUCUCAACAUACACUUUCCAAAAACCUAUUUUGCAUAUUCCAUCAUCUCGGCGACUAAUUCUCCCAAUCCAGAAAUCAAAUUUUAAGAGUUUCACCGCCAUUUCUCCAACCACCCCUUCCACCGAGGAAGAGAUUGAAUUGGAGAAAUUCGAGUGGUACGAGCAGUGGUAUCCGGUGUGUGCGGAGUGUGAUCUGGAUAAGAGAAGGCCUCAUGCGAAGAAAGUGAUUGGGAUUGAUUUGGUGGUGUGGUGGGAUAGGAAUGAGAAUGCAUGGAAGGUAUUUGAAGAUAGUUGCCCUCACCGAAUGGCGCCGCUCUCGGAAGGAAGGAUCGAUCAGUGGGGAAGGCUGCAGUGUGUUUACCACGGCUGGUGCUUUGGUGGCGCCGGUGACUGCAAAUUCAUCCCUCAAGCCCCUCGAGACGGCCCUGCCGUUCACACUUCCAAAAAGGCGUGUGUAGCCAGUUAUCCUAGUUACAUGCAAAACUGCCUUCUAUGGUUCUGGCCAAAUUCAGAUCCGCAGUAUAAGGAUAUACAUCUGACGAAGAAGCCACAUUUUAUUCCAGAACUUGACGACCCGUCAUAUUCCAAAAUGAUCAUUUCAAGGGAGGUAGACUAUGGGUACGAAAUCCUGAUAGAAAAUCUUAUGGACCCUGCUCAUAUACCAUAUGCGCAUUAUGGCAUGAUGAAAACAGGAGAGUUGCCGGAGAGUCUCAGGGCCGACAGAGAAGGAGGGAGACCGCUCGAGAUAAGUGUUCAGAAAGUGGAUGUAAAUGGCUUCACUGCAAAACAAAUAUUUGGGGAAAACUACUUCAUUGCGCCUUGCAUAUUCUACGGCCAUUACUCUCCCAGUGGGAAUGAUGAAAGCAUGGAUGGAGAAGAUGUGGGAGGAUCACCCCCUGUUCCGAUGAUACUACCCCAUGUUCCCUCCGAUAAAAAAUCUAUGCUCAUUUUCUACUGCGUUCCAGUUAGUCCAGGUCGUAGCAGGUUGAUCAGCACAGCUACUAGGAACUUCGCUGGCUGGUUGGAUCUGAUUAUUCCGCGAUGGGUCUUUCAUAUGACACCCAACUUGAUAAUUGAUUCAGAUCUCUUUCUUCUUCAUAUGGAGGAAAAAAAGCUGAGAGAUGUUGGCCCUCUCAAUUGGCAUAAAGCUUGCUACGUUCCGACAAAGGCGGAUGCCUUCUCCGUGGCAUUCAGAAGGUGGCUAAACAAGUAUGGUGGCACACAAGUUGAUUGGAGAAAUAAAUAUAGUGGAGAGCUUCCACCCACUCCUCCAAGAGAGCAGCUCUUUGACAGGUACUGGACUCACACGGUGAGUUGCAGCAGCUGCAGCGUCGCGUAUAAACGUCUCAACGUGCUAAAGAUCGCCCUUCAAGUUAUCUCGGUAGCUUCAGUUGGAGCUGUAGCUGCAGCCAAACAGGGUGCAAUAUCCGUUGGUGCGAUGUAUUAUUUGGGUUCGAUGGCUGUGUUGUGCUUUGUGGCUGCAAAAUGGCUGUCGCAUUUCAUCCGCAAAACUUUCAUAUACCAUGACUAUGAUCAUGCCUUCCAGUGAAAUUUUUUUAUUUGGUUGGGCUUGUAAUUAAUUACUAGUAAGGGUGUGCAGCUUUGUGAUUUAUUUGUAACAAGGAAUUUAUGGGAUAAUUGCCAUUUAAAUAAGGAAAUUGCAUUGCCUCCUGA